CGGCCUGCCGCCGCGCGCCUCGACGGCCUGCCGCCGCGCACCUCGACCGCCUGCCGCCGCCGCCGCCACCGCCAUCCCGGCGCUUCCCACCUUCGGCCUUUGCCACGACGCUCCGUUUCCGGCCGUCUGCCCUGACUCCCAGGCAGCCAUAGUCCGAGCUCGUCUACCCUGAUUCCCUGACAUCGACCGCCGAGCUUCUUUCCCGUCAAUUCCCAGGGCUAGGCCAUUCGCCGCCUUCCACGAUCCAUAUCUUCAUCGGCACCCUUUCACUUUUCCGUCAUGGCAAUGCAAGACCAUCCUUCUCCGUGUGGCCGCCACCCCCAAAUCCUGCUGGAUAGAAAAUGUUUAGUGGGCCAGUUGGAAAAUUCCACUACCGCGAAAACCAAGAAUAGCAAAGGGCAUCACUUGGAGGUUUCUUUUAAAGCAGUUGACCCUCCAGCUAUCUCGUUGUGCCUCGUCAGCUGCGUUGAUCAGACAGGGGAGCUCUUGCCAGUAGAUCCUCAUAUACUUGGUGAGGCUGGAGGGUCUGUACUGCUGGCUUUCACUUUCUUCGGGAGUGUCCACCAUUUACCAUUCACCGACUAUUUCGUUUACAAAGCAGGGCCAAAUUUUCCCUGUCUUCAUCUUAUUCCAAGGCCAUAUCCAUCUUCUUUUGAGGCAAAUUUGGUUGCCAUCCUGCCUGUUAAUGAUAACAGUGAAGACUUUGCUGUCGUUUUUCCCCAUGUUGAAUAUUUCGUGCUCGAGUCUCGCAAACAUUACACACUCCACAUUUAUCGAUCUGAUGCAAAUGAUUGGCACACUCAGGUGGCUAAUAUCGCCGAGGAUAAUGAAACAAGGAAAGCUAAGUGUAAGCUAUUGCUUCAUGAUGCCAUGAGCGUGGCAUAUGCAGAAAAUGGUAUCAUAGGUUGGAUUGAUCUUUGGUGGGGAAUUCUCUUAUGCAAUGUCUUGGAUAAAAAGCCUAUCAUCCGUUUUGUUCCAUUGCCAGUACCUGAACCAUGUGAUGCUUCUGAAUCCCAUUUGACGUUUGAGAAUCUCACCCCAAGACCACACCGUCAUGUGACAAUAUUCAAUGAUUUGAUCAAGUUUGUUGAGUUAGAUUUUCAUGUGCAAGAUGCUUUCUGCAACAUGAAGCGAGGAAAAGAUUAUGGUUGGAUGGCUAGGACCUGGAGUAGAUCGAUUUAUUCAGAUAUUUGGCAUGAUGGUCUGACGUUUGAUACAUCUGAGUUAUCUUUCAGUGAUUCAAGUUUGCCGAAUCUUUUACCUGAGAUGUUUGAUGACAAAAACAGUUUGACAUGGGGGAAUUUGACCAGUGCUGGGCCUACAUUAAGCUUGCACGAUGACAAUGUUAUUUACAUUAUGGCGAAGGAGAGCAUGUGCCACCGGACAGCAUAUGUACUUGCUGUGAACGGUAAAAGUUUGAAGCUCGAGUCUGGUGCGCAUUGCUCUGCUGAAAACAUGUUGUGGUUCGAACCAACCUAUGAUCCGUGUGUUCUUUUUAGGUCUUUUGGCACAACUUCAGAGUCGGUUAAAGAAUUUGAAACCAAAGGGACAAUAUCUGAAACCAAGGAAGGGCCGGCUCUCUCAGUGGUGUCGAAGCGUCUUCGCGCGCUGCGGAAGAAGCAGGAUCGCAUUGCGCGGAUGGAGGAGUCGGUCGCCGCCGGCAAGGUGCUUAACCAGGACCAGAAGGAGGUGAUGCAUUCCAAGCCCACCAUCGCCGCGCUCAUUAACGAGCUCGAGCGCCUCCGCGUGCCACUCUCCACUGCCCUCACCAAGGAGCUCUCCACCGUCCCUGCACCUGCUGCCGGUUCCUCAUCCUUCGGCUCCGAUUUGUCCAUCCAAGACCUCCUCGCGCUUGUCUACUUUGGCUCCCUUUUUUAUGUCAAGUCACCAGACGAGUUCAUCACCACCAUGGUUGCACGCAAGCACGAGCGGAGCAGCUGCAUCACCUACGGCUAUGUAUGGGAUGAUACCGUGGACCUGCUUACGGAGAACGACCUUGAUGCAGUGUCUGCCGUGGCGGCCCUUGCCACGGCUCGCCCUGCUUCUGCGGUUGGCGUCUCCCACCAUGACGCACUCCAGGCCUGUGCCCAUCAUGCCCGCCUAUGGCUCACCCGUGCUAAUGCACCGAUCCACCCUGGCUCCUCUGUUACAUAUGCUGCGGUGAGGUCCAAGUUAGACAGGAUCAUGGCAUCGGACUACUACACAGCGCACCAUGGAGCUGAAAGUGUGCAGGCACUGAUGAGCAUGACUGUCUCACCAGAGGCACCAUCACUUAAGGAGUACAUAGCUGCUGAAGGUCACAAGGAGGAGGAGGAAGACUCCUCGCAUGCCACAGAAAUCUACAAUGGUCAUCAGUCUAAUGCAGCCGAUGUGCAAAAUAUGGAAGGUAAAUCCCCGGUGAACCCUCAUGAGGAAUAUCCCUUGGCUGAGGCAGAGCAGGAGAAGUUUGAUGUGGAAGAAAAAGAUCAGAGGUAUGCCGAGCCAAAAGAGCGACAGUUUCAGCGCCCUCGGCGAUCUUUUCAGAACCAGCGAGGUGGUGAUCGUGGCAGGAGGGGGGCUUACCCUAAUGGCCAUGGCAGGCGUGGAGGCGGCCGUGGCAUGGGCAGCGCAUACCAGAAUGGGCGUGGAGGUGGUGGUGGUGGUGGAUACCAAGGAGGUGGUGGUGAGUACCAGAAUGGCCGGGGUGGUGGUGGCGGAUACCAGGGCGGGUACCAGAAUGGCCGGGGUGGUGGUGGCGGAUACCAGGGCGGGUACCAGAAUGGCAGGGGUGCUGGUGGUGGUGGUGGAGGCGGCGGCGGGUACUACAACAACAACGAUGAUGGGUACUAGCAGCCUAGUAACUUCAACAACAGGGGCAGGGGAGCAGGGAGUUGGCCACGCGCCGAGAGGGUUGAGGCAAGGGCAUAUCUGGAAGUCUGGGAGCCAUUUUGCUAUUAUAUAUAACUAACUAACUUAGCCUGUCGGUAUGUCACAAUCCAAUCCGUCCCCAUGUGUGAGUUUUUUUGUCGCUGUAUUGAGUGCAUAUGGUUGGUUGGUAAAUGUGGAAUCUCGUUGAAAGUAGCUUCAGGUCACAUAUGUUCAUAUCGUUGUGUUGCUUCUUUUUCCGGAUGUGUGGGUCGUCAUAUAUUUCUUGUUGGUUUUA